AUGACUUUCCUUCUCGGCACAGUAUUCAGUCUCUUGGCCUCGGGUGCCGCAGCGGCAGGGCACUUAUUCCCAGACUGCGAAAGUGGUCCACUGGCCAAUAAUACUGUCUGUGACACCACCGCUUCUGUAUCGAAUCGUGCCAAAGGUCUUGUCGCUGCCUUGGAUACGCAGGAGAAGUUCCAAUUAGUGGUGAGCACUUCUCCAGGAGUGCCGCGUCUAGGACUUCCGAGCUAUGAAUGGUGGCAGGAGGCCUUGCAUGGCGUCGCCAGCUCACCAGGUGUCCAAUUCGCAUCCUCUGGGAAUUACUCCUAUGCUACGUCUUUUCCUCAGCCCAUCUUGAUGGGCGCAGCUUUCGACGACAAACUGAUCGAAGCAGUGGCCACAGUGGUAAGCACAGAAGCUCGAGCAUUUAACAAUGCAAAUAGAUCAGGUCUGGACUACUGGACGCCGAAUAUCAAUCCUUACCGUGAUCCGCGAUGGGGCCGGGGCCAGGAAACCCCUGGAGAAGAUCCAUUUCACAUCAAGUCGUACGUCAAGUCCCUCAUCAAAGGACUCCAGGGAGACGACCCAGACUACUUCAAGGUUGUUGCCACUUGCAAGCAUUUUGCAGGCUAUGACAUUGAGAAUUGGAACGGCAAUGAACGUUAUGAGUUUGACGCCAUCAUCAACCCCCAGGAACUAAGCGAGUAUUACAUGCAGCCCUUCAAGGCGUGCGCGAGAGACGCCAAGGUUGCCUCCAUCAUGUGUUCCUACAACGCGUUGAACGGGGUCCCGACCUGUGCCAGCUCUUACAUACUGCAGGAUGUCCUAAGAGACCAUUGGAACUGGACAGACGACGGCUUCUACGUCGUCUCUGACUGCGACGCCAUACAAAACGUUUAUAUGCCACAUGACUAUUCACCCACACGCGAAGGCGCAGCGGCCGACUCGCUCAACGCGGGUACGGACCUCGACUGCGGUACUUAUUACCAGACACACCUUCCUGCGGCCUAUGGUCGAGGCCUCGUUGACGAUGCUGUAAUCGACCAGGCACUUGUUCGUCUAUACUCGGCACAGAUCAGGCUAGGCGUGUUUGAUCCCGCCUCGUCAACAGCGUACCGGUCUCUCACCUUCUCUGAUGUGAACACUCCCGAAGCCCAAGACUUGGCGCUCAAAGCAGCGGAAGAGGGCAUCGUGCUCAUCAAGAACGAUGGCACUUUGCCCCUAGAUAUCCCAAGCAACGGUACACUGAAGAUAGCCUUCGUCGGCUCUUGGUCCAACGCAACGGCAGCCCAGAUGCAAGGAAACUACGCCGGCAUCGCACCGUUCGUCCACAACCCACUCUACGCCGCUUCGCAACUGCCUAACGUGCAGGUCCUCUUCGGAGGCAGCCCUGGCGACCCGACCACCGGAGGUUACCCGGCCGUCCUAGCUGCGGCCAGCGCCGCAGACGUCGUCUUCUACGUCGAUGGGUCGAACAGCGGUGAGUCCGCGGACCGCAACCUGAUCCGGUGGUCGGGUGAGCGCCGCGACAUCAUGACCCUGGUAGCUGGCCUAGGGAAGCCGUUCGUGUUGCUGCAGAUGGGCGAUCAGCUUGACGACGCGCCAUUCCUCAACCAGGAAAACGUCUCCGCUAUCCUCUGGGCCGGGUUCCCCGGCCAGGCGGGCGGCGAUGCCAUCAUGAACAUCGUCACGGGCAAGACAGCCCCUGCGGGUCGUCUGCCGGUCACUCAGUAUCCCGAGGAGUACGUCCGCCUGGUCCCCAUGACGGAUAUGGGACUCCGGCCGAACGAGACCAGCGGCAACCCGGGCAGGACGUACCAGUGGUACGACGGCGCCACGGUGCCGUUUGGCUCCGGGCUGCACUACACGGACUUUGAGGUUUCUCUCCACGAGGAAGACGACGGCGAGGCUCCGAGCUGGGCCAUCAGCGAUCUGCUUGACGGCUGCGCCGAGAACUACAAGGAUCUGUGCCCCUUCCGGAGCGUCGCCGUCCGCGUCGAGAACACGGGGGGUGUGGCUUCUGAUUUUGUGACACUGGGCUUCGUCGCCGGCGAGCACGGGCCUGUGCCGUAUCCCAUCAAGCAGCUCGUGGCGUAUGAGAGGCUCUUCGGCGUCGCCCCCGGGUCGGCCGCCACGGCGAGCCUGAACCUGACGUUGGGAAGUCUCGGCAGGCACGAUGAGGCUGGAAACUUGGUGCUGUAUCCCGGGUCGUACAGCCUCCUGGUCGAUGUACCCACCCAGGCGACGUGGAACUUUACCCUCUCCGGUGAUGAGACGGUGCUGGAGGAAUGGCCUCAGGAUUCCGGCCCGAAUCAGAACGCGACGAUGGUUAUGCUGAAGCAAGCCAUCUAA